AGCCAUAUGGGCAGCCCUGGAUCACCCAGCACUGGAGGCAUCGCUGCUGACAUUGCUGCGGAUACACUGCAAAGCUCUGACGCGCUGCGUGAGCGCCCAAACAAGAUGCGAUGGCUACUCCUCAUCUUCCUGCCGGCAGCAUCUGCAGAAUGCCAGGCCGCAGCAGUCAUACUGUCACCCGGCGCGCGCGUCGACAGCGGCCGCGAGGUCAAGCUCAUGGACUCCGGCGGCGCCGGCUGCGAGAGUUGCUGGGAGCUGACGCAUCCCGCGCUGGCGCCGAUCGGGGGCUGCUUCGAGGCCGGCACGGCCGUCGACGUCGCGCUUCCCGCGAACGGUGGGUACGUCGCAAGGCUGCGCCUGCGCGACGUCGCCACGCAAGCAGUCGUGGCGGAGGCCGAGCGAGAGUUCGUCGCGGGCCCCCCGGAAAAGUGCGCGGCGCGGCUGCGCGCGAGGAGCGACCUGGCCACGAACUACCGCGAGGCCAUCGAGCGGGAGGGGCGACGCGCGUUCGGCGUGGAGGGCAACGGCUCCGCCGUGCAGCGCUCGGAGGUCUAUAUUGACCUCGAGGCGUCGCCGCUCUGCUACGGCGUCGUGGGCACGUCGCGCGAGGCUGUGCUCGGCACGGCGAGCGGGGCGCGCGGCUUCUGGGGCGUCGACUUUGGACGGCAGGAGUUCGGCCACGGCGACCGCAUCCUGCUGGACUUCGUGCUGUCGAGGCACCGCGCCGACGUGCGCAACAUCGCGGAGUUUGGCACGGGCGGCGGCAUCACGUCCUUCUACCUCGGCGUGGCGGCGGCCUUGCGGGGCGGGACGCUGGACACCUCCGACGUCGUCGACGCGCGGGCGGCCGACGUGCUCAAGGUGUGGCUGCCGUCGAUGCGCUUCCACAAGGCGGACCUUGCGGGCGCCGUCGCGAACGACGCCGUCGACGCCGCGAUACGAGCGGCGUCGGUCGUGCUCGUGGACCACGUCGACCGCCUCGAGUUCUGCCGCGACGUCGUCGCGCCGCGGCUUCCGCGGCGAGGUCUCUUACUGGUGCACGACUUCACGCCGCACGCUGGGCCAGGACCCACGUUGCAUCAGGCGUGGGCGGAAGCUCUCGCACCACAAGGGUUUUCGCGCUUCUACAGGGACUACGGCGACACGUUUUUUUCGUCUCUCGCAGUGUUCGCGAGACCGGCGGACUUCGACGACUUCCUCGCCGAGGGCGCGAGGGGCAUUGUAUAG